AUGUGGCCUCUCUCACCGUCCUUUGUCCCCAGAGUACACAGGGUUCAGGCUGGUGAACGGCAGCACGGCAUGUGCGGGCAGGGUGGAGGUCGAGGUGCUGGGGACGUGGGGGACCCUCUGUGCCUCCCGCUGGGACCUCUCGGACGCCCACGUUCUCUGUCGGCACCUCGGCUGUGGCUUUGCUGAGUCCAUUCCUGGAGGAGGGCAUUUUGGGAGAGCAACCGGCCCCGUCUGGAGAGACUUGUUCCACUGUGACGGGACUGAAGCCCACCUGGGGCAGUGCCCGGUGACUGCCCUGGGGGCCUCGCAGUGCUCCCACGAGAAUGCUGCUGCUGUCAUUUGCUCAGGCCCGGCUCGCCCCAUGUCCCUGCGGCUGGUGGGCGGAGGGAGCCGGUGCGACGGGCGCGUGGAGGUCUUCCAGCACGGGACGUGGGGCAGAGUCCUGGAUGAGCAGUGGGACAUGCAGGAGGCCAGCGUGGUGUGCCGGCAGCUGCAGUGCAGAGAGGCAGAGGCAGCCUACACCCCUACGAGGGCCGAGCGAGGACGGGGCCCCGUGGGGCUGCGCGGGGUGCGGUGCACAGGGCACGAGGCUAACCUGAGCCUCUGCAACACCUCCCUGACUGAGAGCACACCAUCAGCAGGGAUCAUGGAGGACGUGGGGGCCGUGUGCCAGGGGAGCCGGCGGGUCCGGCUGGCGGACGGGGCUGGGCGCUGUGCCGGGAGAGUGGAGAUCUACUACCAGGGGCGCUGGGGCACCGUCUGCGACGACGCCUGGGACCUGGCCGACGCCGAUGUCGUUUGCCACCAGCUGGGCUGCGGAGGGGCCGUGGAGGCAGCUGGGUCCGCUCGGUUUGGGGAGGGCUCCGGGCAGAUCUGGCUGGACGGCGUCAACUGCUCCGGGGCCGAAGCUGCUCUCUGGGACUGCCUUGCUGAGGCCUGGGGGCAGCACAAUUGUGGGCACAAGGAGGAUGCAGGAGUCGUCUGCUCAGAGUUCAUGGCCCUGAGGCUGGAGAACAGUGAUGGCUGCUCCGGGCGCCUGCAGGUUUUCUACAAUGGGACGUGGGGCAGCGUUUGCUCCAACUCGAUGACUACCGAGACGGUGUCACUGGUGUGCAAGGAGCUGGGCUGUGGGAAUGAAGGGAACCAGGAAACAACCUCAAUCUAUGCCAAGCUGCCUGGCACCGCGUGGCUGGAUCAUGUGGAGUGUGGGAAGAGCAACAGCUCCUUCUGGCAGUGUCCCUCUGAUCCCUGGCAUCCACAGUCGUGUGAUGACCUCCGAGAAGAGACCCACAUCACCUGCAAUGAAAGGCCGCAGGUGGCUGCAUGCCCCAACUCCACGAGGUGCACAGACAGGGAGAAGAUCCGCACUGUGGGAGGCAAGGAUGGCUGCUCGGGCAGAGUGGAGGUCUGGCACCGCGGCGCCUGGGGGACGCUGUGUGACAAUGCCUGGGACAUGCGGGAUGCUGAGGUGGCAUGCAGGCAGCUGGGCUGUGGCCCCGCGGUCUAUGCCCUGGGCCAGGCUGCCUUUGGAGAGGGGACGGGCCCCAUCUGGCUGAUGGAGUGCAGGGGGACGGAGCUGUCUCUGCAGGACUGCUGGGCCCAGCCAGGGGACAGCGGUGCCUGCCAGCAUAAGAAAGAUGCGGCUGUGCAUUGCUCAGCUGCACCCAGGACAGCAACACCCCCCUCACAAGCAGUUCCCCCCCGGGGCCCUCUGACCACCACCAGUGAGAGACUCUCGGUGCCUGUCAUCAUCUGCAUCAUCCUGGGGGCCCUCCUCUGCCUGCUCUUGGCCCUCCUGGCUGGGCAGGUGCGAAGCGCCAGGGCUCAGCGCAGAGGCUCCGGGAGAGCAGGGGAGCUCUUCCCUGAGGCCGUGUACGAGGAGAUCGCUUACAGCCUGGCGUGGGAGAAGCAGGCGAGGUUCAGUCUCUCAGAUGUCCCUGUCCUGCCUGGAGGUGACCCAGCAGAUGGCUAUGAUGAUGCCGGGGAGGUUUCUGACCCUGGGGAGGAUCCUGUCCCUGGGCAGGGGGACUGGGAUGUGCCCGGGAUUCCAGAGGAGGGAGAUGGGCCCAGGGAUGCAGCCACAGGGGGAAGCCUGAGCUCCCAGAGAAGUGCUGGGGCCCACGGAGCUGAGGGAGACACCUCGUCCCCCUUCCCGGGAAGCAUGGGUUAUGACGAUGUUGAAGAGGUGUCUCUGGCAUAUCCCCACGAGGACACCCAGGAUGUGUCACCGGAGCCCCAUGCACAAGGGUCCCAAAGCCCCAGGCCAGCAGAGCCCAGCCCUGCCGAGCAGCUGGGUGCAGCCAGGAGGGAGGAGAGCUCAGUGCCACUGGGACAGCUGUGAGUACCAGGGAACGGUCUCGCUUUUCCAGCAGGCAGCAGACACACAUGGGUAUUUCCGCUCUUGGUAUUCCCCUGUUUUUAUGCUGUGUGUUGGUAUUUCCUCAUAUUAAAACCCUCUGGGGAUUUUGCCACAGAUCCAGUGCUUCCCUGCCCAUGUUUCUGGGCACCUCCCUGAGGCUGAUCAAGGGGAGCAGAGCUCAGAAACACAGCGGCUGGGGAGGGUCACAUCUUAGGGCCAGCAGGAUCAGUGUCUGGCUGUGGGGCUGCCAGAGCCCCUGGUCCCUCGACACUAUUCCUACUGACAGAGACAUUUCCGUCCUGCCAGCCGCAGGCAGUUUCCAGACAAAGUGGCUUCUCUGUGAAGCCCCAUGAGGCACUCACUGGCAGUGCCCACCCUCUGCUGCCUUGGGCCCCCAUGGAGCCCAAGGAUGCCUGCCCAGCACCCACGGGCAGAGAUACCUCUCUUACAGGAGCUGAACGGGGAGAAAGGUUGGACCCUUGGGCAGGACUUGGCACCCAAACUGCCCUCCCAGCUCCUGCUGGUGGGUCCCCACAACCCUUCAGCUCUUCCCCAACAGGCUCCUCUGCUCCAGGCUGAGAGGUGCUUUUGGUAGUGGGGUGGUGGGCUGGAACACCUAUUGGAGCAUCUAUUUAAUCCCUUUGGGUCCGCUGUACUGGCUGUGUCCCAUUGCAUUGUCCUGCAUACCCCCAACCUACAUGUCGUGGGGGACAGUAUGAGAGAUGGAGAACCCAUUGACAUGGUUCAACAGUAAGUGAAACACUGGUCUGUUAACAACACUGUUUUGGUCUCAAAUGCAAAACUCAGCUGCAUAUGGGCUUCUCUAAGUAGAACCAUAGAGAUUCAAAGAGUUUCAAGGGGGAAAUGAAUCCUAGCACAGAAGCUAGAAGGACUCAUUGAGAAAAAUUUAGCUAUGACAGGGGAAGGGGAUAAAACAGGGAUCACCAGUAAGUGCCUGGGGGAACAAUGCUGAAGCUGGGGGUGAGGCAGAUGUCUCAUCUGAAAUGCGUCUACACCAAUGAAUGCAGCAUGGGCAAAAAACAGGAGGAGCUGGAAGCGACUGUGAGACAGGCUAACCCUGACCUAGUUGCUGUAAUGAAGCAUGGUAGGAUCACUCCCAUGACUGGAGUACUGUGAUAGACGGCUACAAGUUCUUCAGAAGGGAUUGACAAGGAAGGAAAAGUGGUGGUAUUGCUCUUUAUAUUAGAGUGUUUUGAUGUUGAAGCGCUUGGGGUUGGGAAUGGUAGAGUGUCAGUGGAUAAGAAUGAGGGGAAAGGCCUGUAGGGGUGACAUCUUGGUGGGGGUCCGUUAUAUGAUCGUAUGACCAGACUGGUAGACGAGGGAAGGGCUGUUGAUGUAGUCUACUGAGACUUCAGCAAAGCCUUUGACACGGUCUCCCACAGUAUUCUCCUGGGGAAACUGGCUGCCCGUGGCCUGGACAGGUAUAUUCUUGUCUGGGUAAAGAACUGGCUGGAGGGCCGUGCCCAGCGGGUUUUGAUGAAUGGAGUUAAGUCCAGCUGGCAUCCCAUUACAAGUGGCAUCUCCCAGGGCUUGGUACUGGGGCCUUUCUUGUUUAAUAUCUUUAUUGAUGACCUAGAUGAGGGGAUUGAGUGUACCCUCAGUAAGUUUGCAGACGACACCAAGUUGGGAGGUAGUGUCGAUCUGCCUGAGGGUAAGGUGGCCCUUCAGAGGGAUCAGAAUAGGCUGGGAUGAGGCUAAUAGGAUGAGGUUUAACAAGGCCAAGCACCAGGUCCUGCACUUUGGCCACAACAACCCCAUGCAAUGCUGCAGGCUUGGGACAGAGUAGCUGAAGACUGUGAAGAGAAAAGGUACCUGGGAGUGUUGAUCAAUGCUCGGCUGAACAUGAGCUGGCAGUGUGCUUAGGUGCCCAAGAACGCCAACGGUAUCCUGGCCUGUAUUAGAAAUAGUGUAGCCAGCAGGAGCAGGGAGGUGAUCAUCCCCCUUUACUCAGCUGUGGUGAGGCCACACCUGCAGUACUGUGUUCAGUUUUGGGCCUCUCACUACGAGAAGGACAUUGAGGCACUGGAGCACGUCUAGAGAAGGUCAACAAAACUGGUGAGGGGUCUGGAGCACAAUUCCCAUGAGGAGUGGCUGAGGGAGCUGGAAUUGUUUAGUCUGGAGAAGAGGAGGCUCAUGGGAGACCUCAUUGCACUCUACAACUUCCUGAAGGGAGGUUCUGAUGAGGAGGGGUCGGCCUCUUCUCUCAGAUAACUAAUGAUAGGUCUCAAGGAAAUGACCACAAGUUGCGCCUGGGGAGAUUUGGAUUAGAUAUCAGAAAAAACUUUUUCUCUCAAAGAGUGAUCAGGCACUGGAACAGCCUGCCCAAGGAGGUGGUGGAGUCACCGUCCCUGGCAGUGUCCAAGAAGCACCUGGACGAGGUGCUACGAGGUAUGUUUUAGUAGCUUAGGGGGUAGUAUUAGUGAUAGGAGGAUGGUUGGACUAGAUGGUCUUGUAGGUUCUUUCCAACCCUGUGUUUUUAUGAUUCUAUGACUCUAUGACUAAUGGUAACAAGUAAUGUGUUUGGGGUUUGUCUUCAAGUUAGGAAAUGAGGUUGGGGAUUAGAGCAAUGGAUGCCUUUCAGGGUGAGAGAGAGCAUUAAGGGUAGCACGAGAUUUUUGGGUUACUAGUUAGAAAUAUUACCAGGACAUAACAUGAAGAUUGUCCCAGUGAGUGUUGCAGCAGCAGCAGCCUUACCUGAACCCCUCUUACCUCUUCAAAAUCUUUCCUUACUGUUAGCCAAGACCCUCUUCUCUCUCCCAAAUCACCCAUGUUUAUUCACCCAGCUUUCCCCUGGCCUCCCCAAAUGUGUCACCACGUUGGGGGCAGCUUUCUGAUGGCCUUUAUGACCUCAGAGGCUCUGCCUCCCUGCUGUUGGCCAGCCAGGGGCUGGGACAGAAGUGACCUCACAGCCAGCAUCCACAGGGCUACAAGGAGCUGUUGUGCUCAGGAGGCCUCUUCCCAGCCACCCCAGGAGCAGAGGGUGCAGGGGAUGCCCUGCACAAUCCCUCAGGUACUCUGCCUGCCAACCAGCUCGUGCUUCAGAAGACGUCCCACACGUCCUGAUUCAUGUUUCCCUCUUUGGACCUUCAGCUCCUCCAGGAUUUCUUUAGAGGAAAUUGCCACCUUUGUAUGGACAAGUGAAUCAAGCACUGAAUGUUUGUUUAAGAGAAACAUCGAGAACUUGGCAGAGAAAUAUUGUAAGAGCUGAAAAAUUCCUUCAGGUCGAUUCUCAGGGGACAUUAUCCUCUAAGGGAAAUGAAACUAAGAAACCAUUUGUC